UAGCGGUGCAGCAACUUUGUCUGUUCGUCGCGUCCAAGACUUCAGUGGACGACAUCCAUGGCCAGCGCGACUGCUCCCAAUCCUCAGCCAAUGAGUGUGACAAAAUAUCGCUGUCACGCUUGUCCAUCAGUUGUCAUACGUGCUGCAGAGCUACAGGUUCUCGAACGUAAUCAAGCACUCCCCGGUCUUGCUUCGAAACAGUUCUUCGUCGUCAAGGACAAAUGUAUAUAACAGCGUUCCCUCCAACAACCGCUAACAUCAGUUGAUUUUGAUAAUAUUGGCGUCUCCCGUGCUCACGAGGGACAAGUCUAUCUGUGCUGCGCCGACUGUGACACACUGCUGGGAUACGUUGCAGAAGAAAUAUACUAUCUCGCGACCGAUUUAGUGAAAACAUGAGUCGAGUGAUUGAGGCACCCUCGCACAACAUCUUGUCAACUCUUGGCCUGCUUCCACUCAAUCGCGGAAGACUUUGUGCUGCGGCCACGCCGCUGCUCAAGCAACGAAUCAAUCUACUGGGUGAUGAUGAAGACUGGCCUUCUUACCUCACUUGGGACAAGUCGGCUAUGCGAGCUUUUGCGGUGUGCAUCAAAGAGGUGGCGAAUGGGUCUCUUGCUUCCGAGACUCUCGAAGGGUUUGCCCGCCUCGAUGAAGAGACUAUCCUUGCAGUCAAGCAGAUCACUGUACAUGGUUCAGAAUGUCCCUUGUGGGUAACCCUGGCGCUGUGUGUCGACAGCAAUACGUUUGCACUCGAAUGGCGCAUACGAGAACUUUCUUGUCAGUCCCCGCCAGAUCGUGGGCUAGUUCUCUGUGACACCCUUGGUGAUUUGCUCAACAGUGCCCAGGUACCAUCCAAGCCUCUCGCAUCCAAAGAAGGGCCAGUCGCUGAGGAUGACGACUACUGGGCGCAGUACGACCAGGAUUCGGAUGGAAGUACGGGCGAGCCAACUCCAGCUACCAAGACAGCUCAAGGCGAGUCGGAAGAGGACUACUACAGUCGGUACGAGCAAGUUGAGACGAUGAUACCAGAGAAAGACCAGUCCUCGUCAGAUGGUGCGCCGCAAGACAGUACCAGAAAUGCUAUGAGUGCAGCCCAGGUCGCCGUGCUUCAGCAUUGUGCAUCGACUGUGCAGAGCUUGAAGACGCUUCUAGAGGCAAGCGAUAUUCCCAUUUCUGAGUUGAGGGUCAUGCUUGAGCACAUUCUAUGAGUCGAUUUGGUACAAUUUGAGGUCAGGUUAGGUCGACACUAGGGCGCGACGGAGCGAGCCCUUCG